AUGCGAGUGAGGACUCUCCCUUGGUUACAUCAUGAAGGCCAAACCUUUUUCUCGAUCCACGCAAAUCCAGUCUACGAUAAAAUCGCGACUUGUGGUCCAAAUGAGAAAGAAGGACUUGUCCGAAUCUGGAAUCUUGUCGCUUGCAAGGUAAAGAGCGGUGAUUUCGAGGAGAAACCAACUAUAUUGGCAUCGAUCGAUUUCCCAACAAAUGUGAACGCUAUUCGAUGGUCACCAAACGGGAAACGUUUUGCCUGUGGAUCCGAUGAUAAGCAGGUCACAAUUUGGGAGUACGGUUUUCGGGUGCAAUCGGUUGGAUCAAUUGGGAAACGAGCCGGGAAUCUAGAGCUUUACAAGAAUCUCCACACACUCGCCUAUCACAAUAUGGAGGUAACUGGUGUUGAAUGGUCUCCAUGCGGUCGUUUCCUUGCCUCAAGUUCAUUGGAUAAUCGAGUCGUCAUUUGGAAUGCUCAAUCAUUUCCCGAUCGUGUUGCUGUACUUAAUUCAAAAAAUGGUGGACAUUCGGAUAGUGUAAAAGGAAUCGCUUGGGAUCCAAUCGGUACCUAUUUCUGUACCCAAUCGACGGAUAAAACGUUGAAAGUGUGGCGAUGUGAGCAUUGGAAAUUGGAGACAACGAUUGAAGAUCCAUUUAAAGAGAGUGUAUUCUCCGCGAUUUUCUUCCAUCUUGAUUGGUCACCCGAUGGGCAGUACUUAUUUUGUCCGAUGGCGAAGAACAACAAUCUGCCUAUUUGCCAGAUUAUCACAAGAGGAUCUUGGAAUACAGAUCGAGAUUUUGUUGGUCACAGAAAGGGUGUUGUCGUGGUAAAGUGUUGCCCUCGACUCUUCGAGUAUAAAGAUCACAAAGGAAUUUUAAGAAAGGUCUCAAUAAUUGGAAUGGGAUCAAGUGAUUGUGCUUUGUCCCUUUGGGCGAUUCCCUUUCUUCUUCGACCACUCAUCGUAUUCCAUCAUCUUUUCAAUGAAGCAGUUGUUGAUCUGACUUGGAGGGGAAGUGAACUCUUUGCUGCUUCACGAGAUGGAACUGUCAGACAUCUUCCAUUUACCGAAAAAGAUCUUGGAAGAAUGUUGACAAUGCAUGAAAUGGCUGAUGAAUGUCAAAAACUCUACCAAACUUGCCCAACGAUUUAUCGAGAGAUCUCAAAUGGAAAAUUGGAUGAUUUCCCAAAAAGUCUUUCUGCAACAAAUCUCGAGGAUCAAUUGAGUCCAUUCAAAGCAAGGAAAUCGAGUCGUGAAGAAGCGAAUCAAAGAUCGGAAGAGGAGAGAAUUCCAGAGAAGACUCAGACACCAGAAAAGGUUCUGCAAAGUGAACGAGCCACACAAAUUGAGACAAAAGACGAUAAAGGACGAAGACGGAUUCAACCAAAAUUCAUCUCAUCCAUUUCGAGCAAUGAGAUGCCUGAAGUGCCCAUUCCACCAAAGUCUCUCAACAAAAACGAUUUCGUUCUGCCAAGCACAAGUCGGCCAGAUGAAUCGAUGGACUCACCGGAAAAAGAGAGCCGAGUAAAGCCAUCAAAACGAAAACGAGUCCAUAUCAGCAGUUCGAGUGAAUCUGAUGGAGAACGAGAAAUCGAGAAUUUGGACAGGAAUGAUCCACAAACGAGUACACGCAAGGAAACUGUUCUAGCAGCUGACUUCAAGAGACCUGAGCUGAGAACAGUUGAACCAUUAUCUUUUUCUCAAGGAACACUUGCCAUUCCUGAUCUGAAGAAAAGCUUUUCAAUCAACGUUUUACUGACAAAUGGUGGUACGAUAGAAAUUGAGAACGAAUGGACAUUGGGUGGAGGGAUUGGGAAAGCCACCAAGAUUGGAUAUGUGAUUGAUGGUGACGCGAAAUGGACACUCAUCACAACAUCGCCGGUUCUUGUGGCUGCUGGAAACAAAUACUGGUGCUUGACCGGCUCAACUGAUCGUUACAUUCAAUUGAUCGAUUCGAGUUGUGGUCGUCUUGUUGUAACUCUUGUAUUGGAUGGAGUACCGGUCAGAGUUGGAGUGCAAUCACAUUUCGCCUUUGCUCUCACUUCAACUGGCCAUUUUUAUUCAUGGAACCUGCAAGAGACGAAACUUGUCGUGAAUGGAAUCUCCGUGUCUGAUAUCAUUGCAAGUGAAGAUGCUACAAUCUCUUCUGUAAAUCUAACGAACAAUGGUGUCCCAAUUAUCGGCUUCUCAUCAGGAAAUCUCUUCACAUACAGUCUCAACUUUGCCCGGUGGGUAUUACUCGAUCGAGGGACGACAUGUAUGUCAAGAUGUUUUGAUGGACUCCAAAUCAAUGAGAUGAGUCAAGGAUAUUUAUCGAAAGCAUUGAGGAAAAGGAUCAGAUCUGAUUUGGUUCCAUUGGUCAACCCAAAUAUCCGAUCUAUUUGCAAGGAGAGUCAAUUGGAGGAAUGGUUGGCGGGAAGUCGAGCAGCUGGAUCGAUUCAAGAUUUUCAAUCAAUAUGCAAAGUCUACGCUCGAUUCCUCAUCGAACACAACAACGAAUCUAAACUGCGUGUGCUGUUGAAGGAGCUGCGUUCCCCUUGUGAUCCUCCAUCAAUCCCAUCGCAUCUCCUCACUUCCAUCGAAUCUCUCAUCCGCUCAAGCAAAGAUCUCUCCCAUCUUGUCGCUUCACCCGAUGAUUCUCUUGUUAUUUUC